AUGGCUUCCAAUAGCUGGAAAAGCAAAGUUAUUUCGAAUGUUCUUUCCUACCUUGACUAUAAGACAGGAAAAUUCAUCAUUGUAAAAAGCAAGAGAGUCGGCAGUUUGUACAGAGUUAUACAAUUAUCCAUCAUUGGAUACCUUGUUGGGUAAGGGACUCAACAAAUACAUUUCCACAUUUUCAAGAUGUAUGCCCUUAUAACGGUGUAAAGGCAUUUGAAAUGUUAUUAAUAAAAUACAAUCUAGUCCAUCUAUUUGUUAGUGCAUAUAAACUUAACGUGUAAAAAUAUAUUCCAACCAAUAUUUUAAACCCCUAUCAGACAGUAACCUCCACAUUUUCUAAGCUUUAAACAGAUUUGUUUUUAUUAUCCCCAUUGAGAUAGUUACAUUAUAUUGUCCUCCUGGUCUACACAGGUAUGUAUUCCUGAGCAAGAAGUCCUACCAGACCGAAGAGUCUAUCCAGAGUGCUGUGAUGACCAAACUGAAGGGAGUGGCGGUCACCAACACAUCAGAGUCCGGACGGAUGGUGUGGGGACCUGUGGACUACGUCAUUCCACCCCAGGUCAGACUAACCACAAUCCUCUUUAAGUCGUUUGAUGUUAAUGUUAGCUCUUAUUUCUAUCUCAUCCACUGUGCUUGACUGCUAGAAUAAAUAUAAUUAUAAACUGAAUGCCGAUGGUAUAUCAGAUUGUAUACCACGGGUAUGACCCCAAUAUUUUUUACUGUUCUAAUUACAUUGAUAACCAGUUUAUAAUUGCAAUAAGCCACCUCAGGGGUUCGUGGUAUAUGGCCAAUAUAAUAGCAAUAAGGCACCUCAGGGGUUCGUGGUAUAUGGCCAAUAUACAAUGAGGGAAAAAAGUAUUUGAUCCCCUGCUGAUGUUGUAUGUUUGCCCACUGACAAAGACAUGAUCAGUCUAUAAUUUUAAUGGUAGGUUUAUUUUGACAGUGAGAGACAGAAUAACAACAAAAAAAUCCAGAAAAAAGCAUGUCAAAAAUGUUUUAAAUUGAUUAGCAUUUUAAUGAGGGAAAUAAGUAUUUGACCCCUCUGCAAAACAUGACUUAGUACUUGGUGGCAAAACCCUUGUUGGCAAUCACAGAGGUCAGACGUUUCUAGUAGUUGGCCACCAGGUUUGCACACAUCUCAGGAGGGAUUUUGUCCCACUCCAAGGCUGACGUUUGGCAACUCGAACCUUCAGCUCCCUCCACAGAUUUUCUAUGGGAUUAAGGUCUGGAGACUGGCUAGGCCACUCCAGGACCUUAAUGUGCUUCUUCUUGAGCCACUCCUUUGUUGCCUUGGCCGUGUGUUUUGGGUCAUUGUCAUGCUGGAAUACCCAUCCACGACCCAUUUUCAAUGCCCUGGCUGAGGGAAGGAGGUUCUCACCCAAGAUUUAAUGGUACAAGGCCCCGUCCAUCGUCCCUUUGAUGCGGUGAAGUUGUCUUGUCCCCUUAGCAGAAAAACACCCCCAAAGCAUAAUGUUUCCACCUCCAUGUUUGACGGUGGGGAUGGUGUUCUUGGGGUCAUAGGCAGCAUUCCUCCUCCUCCAAACACGGCGAGUUGAGUUGAUGCCAAAGAGCUCGAUUUAGGUCUCAUCUGACCACAACACUUUCACCCAGUUCUCCUCUGAAUCAUUCAGAUGUUCAUUGGCAAACUUCACUUGGGCCUGUAUAUGUGCUUUCUUGAGCAGGGGGACCUUGCAGGCGCUGCAGGAUUUCAGUCCUUCACGGCGUAGUGUGUUACCAAUUGUUUUCUUGGUGACUAUGGUCCCAGCUGCCUUGAGAUCAUUGACAAGAUCCUCCCGUGUAGUUCUGGGCUGAUUCCUCACCGUUCUCAUGAUCAUUGCAACUCCACGAGGUGAGAUCUUGCAUGGAGCCCCAGGCCGAGGGAGAUUGACAGUUCUUUUGUGUUUCUUCCAUUUGCGAAUAAUUGCACCAACUGUUGUCACCUUCUCACCAAGCUGCUUGGCGAUGGUCUUGUAGCCCAUUCCAGCCUUGUGUAGGUCUACAAUCUUGUCCCUGACAUCCUUGGAGAGCUCUUUGGUCUUGGCCAUGGUGGAGAGUUUGGAAUCUGAUUGAGUGUGCUCCUAAUGUGUGCUCCUAAUCUCAGCUUGUUACCUGUAUAAAAGACACCUGGGAGCCAGAAAUCUUUCUGAUUGAGAGGGGGUCAAAUACAUAUUUCCCUCAUUAAAAUGCAAAUCAAUUUAUAACAUUUUUGACAUGCGUUUUUCUGGAUUUUUUUGUUGUUAUUCUGUCUCUCACUGUUCAAAUAAACCUACCAUUAAAAUUAUAGACUGAUCAUUUCUUUGUCAGUGGGCAUACGUACAAAAUCAGCAGGGGAUCAAAUACUUUUUUCCCUCACUGUACUUCUUAACAGCACUUUCAACAAGGCAGGUCCUACAGGCCCUAGUUUUGUCGAACCUGGACUACUGUUCAGUUGUGUGGUCAGGUGCCACAAAAAGGGACAAUUGGCUCAGAACACGGCAGCACGGCUGGCCCUUGGAUGUACACAGAGAGCUAAUAUUAAUAAUAUGCAUGUCAAUCUCUCCUGGCUCAAAGUGGAGAAGAGAUUGACUUCAUCACUACUUGUAUUUAUGAGAGGUAUUGACAUGUUGAAUGCACCGAGCUGUCUGUUUGAACUACUGGCGCACAGCUCGGACACCUAUGCAUACCCCACAAGACAUGCCACAAGAGGUCUCUUCACAGUCCCCAAAUCCAGAACAGACUAUGGGAGGCGCACAGUAUUACAUAGAGCCAUGAUUACAAGGAACUCUGUUCCUCAUCAAGUAAUUGAUGCAAGCAGUAAAAUUAGAUAAAAAUACACCUUAUGGAACAGCGGGGACUGUGAAGCAACACAAACAUUGAUACAGACACAUGCAUACACACACACACACACACGUAAACAUGGAUUUUGUACUGUAGAUAUGUGGUAGUGGUGGAGUAGGGCACACAGUAUGUUGUGAAUGUAUUGUAAUGUUUUUACAAUUGUAUAAACUGCCUUAAUUUUGCUGGACCCCAGGAAGAGUAGCUGCUGCCUUUGCAGCAGCUAAUGGGGAUCCAUAAUAAAUACAAAUACAAAUACCACGGCUAAUGGCUGUAUCCAGGCACUCCGCGUUGCGUUGUGCGUAAGAACAGCCCUUAGCCGUGGUAUAUUGGCCAUAUACCACACCUCCUUGGGCCUUAUUGCUUAAAUGUAAUAAAGGCUGAGACUGCGGUUCCGAAAUUAACCGCCCUGUUCCCCCCAUGUCCCUCGCCCCGGAAGCGUCAUCGUCAGAGCAAAAACUCUGUAUCAAAUCUGUAGAAUGUGUUUCUUUACCUUUACACAUACAUUUUUGUGGUCACCCUCCCUUCACAUUUCUCACUGUCAGUCAUGAAUGGUGAAAUGUCCGUGCAGCAUCGGCAUGCCAAUAUUUGAUCUCAAUCAAUUUAAUGGGAAUAUGCAUUUAGAUCUUCUUGAUAUGAAGUUAUGAAGCUUCAGAUUUUUUGCUAUUGUGAAGAGGCUUCCAGAGAAUUCGGAACUGGAGCCACUAUGUAGAAUAAAAAGGAGAUAGAGGACAGCCCUUUUAACUCAUUUAAUUAACAUUAUAUUAUUGAUAAGCGUCAGUCUGGUAUGCUUUUGCAAAAUGUAAAUUAAAUAGUAUGUAUAAGCUGGAAGUAGAACAAGUGUUGCUGUCCAUUAGUUUACUCCAAAUAGGGGCAUUAGACCGGUGGAAAUGUGUCCUUUGGUCUGGAGUCCAAAUUUGAGAUUUUUGGUUCCAACCGCUGUGUCUUUGUGAGACGCGGUGUGGGUGAACGGAUGAUCUCCGCAUGUGUAUUUCCCACCGUGAAGCAUGGAGGAGGAGGUGUUAUGGUGUGGGGGUGCUUUGCUGGUGACAUUGUCUGUGAUUUAUUUAGAAUUCAAGGCACACUUAACCAGCAUGGCUACCACAGCAUUCUGCAGCGAUACGCAAUCCAAUCUGGUUUGGUCUUAGUGGGACUAUCAAUUGUUUUUCAACAGGACAAUGACCCAACACACCUCCAGGCUGUGUAAGGGCUAUUUUAUCAAGAAGGAGAAUGUUGGAGUGCUGCAUCAAAUGACCUGGCCUCCACAAUCCCCCGACCUCAACCCAGUUGAGAUGGUUUGGGAUGAGUCGGACGGCAGAGUGAAGGAAAAGUAGCCAACAAGUGCUCAGCAUACGUGGGAACUCCUCAGGGAGCUGACCAAGAACCCGAUUGUCACUCUGACAGAGCUCUAGAGUUCCUCUGUGGAGAUGGAAGAAACUUCCAGAAGGACAACCAUUUCUGCAGCACUCCACCAAUCAGGCCUUUAUGAUAGAGUGGCCAGACGGAAGCCACUCCUCAGUAAAAGGCACAUGACAGCAUGCUUGGAGUUUGCGAAAACCUAAAGACUCUCCGACCAUGAGAAACAAGAUUCUCCUUCUAUUCUCUCUCCCUCACCCUUCUUUCACCCCCACCACCUUGUCGUGACGUGACUUUCACUAAUCUGAUGACUGUUAUUUAUCGAAUAAACGAUCUAUGUUUAAUUGUUACUCGACUAAAUUAAUCAUGUAACAAUUAACUCAUUAGGAUUUGGGGCACCACGGAAGAAGUUGUUUAACGAGUUACCAUCUCCCGAAUUAAACCUAUCACAUCCAUAAAACUGUCAACGUAUUAAUUAAUAACCUCUUAGCAUAUCAUAAUUCUGAAAGGUCGUAACCUUCUUGGAUCUGCAAAAACCCCAGAUUGACUUAUGAUUCAGCACUACAGAAAUUGGUUUUAAUUAUUUAUUUACUAGCUAACUAAAUAAUAACACAGAAUAACAUACACACUUAAUACAUGAGAAAAAGGUCCCUAGCGGACUAACAACAUGACUGCUUGUUUACCAAAAGAGGGAGGGGUAGAGAGAGAGAGAAAAAGAGAGACACAACACUUAUCAUACAUUUGGAAACUACGCUCACUGUAAUCAUUUGUGACCGUUCCUGGUGUGAAAACAAUGUCCUAUCCCGGAACUCGAGUAAAUGACGUUACUAAGCUCCACCCGAAUGUACUACGCCAGGACAUGGAAAUCGAUUCUAUCGUAGUCCAUGUGGUUUUAAUGACAUUAUGACGGGCAGCUCUGAACAGUUAAAACUGGAUUGUAAAGAGCUGAUUGCUAGACACUAACAAAAAACACAUCAUAUCUGGCCCUGUGCCCUCGCUGAAUCGUGGCAUUGAACGCUUUAGCAGGAUUCUUGUGUGAUUAUUGCAGCUCAAUGGGUGUAACUUUUGUCAACAAUUUCGAUACCUUUUGGAAACAAAACACGUUUUAUAAGGAGGAUGAGAUCCACCCAAAUCAUAGAACAAUGCUUGUCUUUCCCAAAUGCCAAGAGUGUGCAAAGCUGUCAUCAAGGCAAAGGGUGGCUACUUUGAAGAAUCUCAAAUAUAACAUAUUUGAUUUGUUUAACACUUUUUUGGUUACUACAUGAUUCCAUAUGUGUUAUUUCAUAGUUGUGAUGUCUUCACUAUUAUUCCACAAUGUAGAACAUAGUAAAAAUAAAGAAAAACCCUGGAAUGAGUAGGUGUGUCCAAACUUUUGACUGGUACUGUAUAUUUACAAAAUAAAUAUGGGGAUUGGAAAUUAUGCAGACAAUUACAUUGAUGGAAGCCAUAAUCUGUCUGCAAUAUUAAAGCUGAUUGAAUGCAAUGUAUUGACUUAUGUGUCACGUCUCGUGAAGCACAUCUUUCUCAAAUGUGUGCCACACUUACGCUUAUCAGUUGAUAUCAGGCUGGUUUAACACCCCUUUAUUAUUUCCAAUAGGGGGAAGCAGUUUUUUCCAUUGUUACCAAUUUUAUAGAGACACCAAACCAGAAGUUGGGCAACUGUGCUGAGGUAAGGAAAUUCCCUUUCAUUGCUUUGUGUUGUCACCUUUAAUCACCCUUUUAAAACGGCAAUAUACUCUGUAUUUGGUCUGUAUUUGUUUCACAGAGCCCCAAUGUGCCAGAUGGCCACUGUAAGGGAGAUGAAGACUGUGCAGAGGGAGAGUUAGUGGAAGCUGGCCAUGGUAGGAAUCUUUGAAUUUAAACAAAUUGAAACGAGAAAUUACUCUUCACAAACAUACUGUAAAAUCUAAUUUUCUGUAGGAGUUAGGACAGGCCGCUGCUUGAGAGACAAUGGGAAAUCCAAUGGUAUGUGUGAGAUAUAUAGCUGGUGCCCCGUUGAGAGAAGCUGCAAACCACAGUAAGUGCACUCACACAGUUUCACUUUUGUAGCCAGACAACACACACACACACAUACACACACACACACACACAUGCACGCACACAAACACAUACACACACAGGCACAUACAUGCACGCACACGCAUGAGCAUGUGUACGCAGUAGUAAUGUUCAUUCCCUUUCAUUCCUUCAGGGGUAGACAUAAACACAAGAAUAUGUUAACGGAAGCUGAAAACUUCACCAUCUACAUAAAAAAUGUCAUCCGAUUUCCCAAAUUCAGUUUCUCAAAGUAAGUUGUCUAUGUUAAAACCAUGUUAAAACCAUCUAAAAACAGACAGAUGGUUUUCUGCCAGAGUUUUCUUUAAAUGUUUAAAUCAAUAAACUGGAGCUGGAGUCUUUUAAUCUGUUAAUAUGAAGUAUUUCAGAGACUGUUUGCUGUCUGCAAUUUGAUAAAUAAAAACGUUUAACUUUAAAAUGUUUCACCCAAUUAUCAGGGCCAACGUCCAGGACACGGCUGAUAAAUUCCAUCUGAAGAAAUGUCACUACGAUGAGGCCCUUGAACCCUACUGCCCCAUAUUCCGUCUGGGAGAUAUUGUUAACCGAACUGGACACAGCUUUCAGGACAUGGCUUUGAUGGUCAGUUUUCACAAUUGAAAAGUUUAUUUGUCGUUGUUGUUGUUGUUGUUGUUGUUAUUGAUGAUGAUGUUGAUGAGGAUAAUGUUUUCAAUUACCUUAAGCAGUUAAAUGCACACUCUGUACGAUGUGCAUACCAUCAAAGAGUAAGCAACCAACAAUAUACAUAAAUAAUGUAAAUAAUAUAGCAUUUUGCUAUCAAUACUCUCUCACUCUCCAGGGUGGUUCAAUUGGAAUUCUGAUUGAGUGGAAGUGUGACCUUGACAGAGAUCUCUCAGAAUGCCAGCCACGGUACAACUUUACUCGCAUUGACAUUAACGUGUCCAGAGAGUCCUCAGGAUUAAACUUCAGGUGACAUACACACACACAGGAAGUUGACACAUGACACAUAAUACUUAAUUUGAACAUACUUUAAUCUUCCACAUUUUUGGUACUCUCAUAACAGACAUGCUCGCUAUUACAAAACUGAAAACAAUUCAAAGUGUAUGGUAUACGCAUCAACAUCAUGGUGCAUGGAAAGGUAUGAGAAAUAUGCAUUAUUCUAUGGCUUUUCAGGAUAAAUGCAUCUAUUUUGUUUCCUGAUGUUUUGAUUCCCUUAUUGUUACAUCCUUCUAUUUUCUACUACAGGCUGGAAAGUUCUGUAUCAUCCCCACCGUUAUCAAUAUAGGCUCAGGACUAGCUUGUAUUGGUGGUGUAAGUAUUAUUCAACAAACCUGUACAUACCUGUACAGUCAAAACAAUACUUUCAGACCAACUUUUUUUUUUGUUAAGAUCACAUUUUGUAUGGACUAUACAAAAUGUAAUCUGCUAUCAAUACAGCAGAGGAGGCUAGUGGGAGGAGCUAUAGGAGGAUGGGCUCAUUGUAAUGGCUGUAAUGGAAUAAAUGGAACGGUAUCCGUUUAAUUUAUUCCAUUCCAGUCAUUACAAUGAGCCCCUCCUCCUAUAGCUCCUCCCACCAGCCUCCUCUGCAAUACAGGUAUAUAGUAUAUUCUGUAUAUUUUAUUAUAUAAGAUUAUAUUAUAUUAUAUAUGUUCAUGGACCUCGUUUUGUUGCAGGGGGCCUGGUUCUGCGACUGGAUUAUUCUCUACCUGAUGAAAAAUAGGGAGUUCUAUAAGCACUGGAAGUUUGAAACACUGAAGAAGUAUGGCAUUUACAAUAAAUAUUUGUCUGAGUUACAAGACAUUUGGAAAUAUUUUUCCUGGUAACGGAGAUUAAGAGAGACUCUUAUUAUAAAAUGUCACGUUAUUUUUCCCUCUCCCCUUUUACAGGAAAGACAGCAACACACGUAACAUCAUAGAACACCAUAACAGUACUACAGAGGAUAUAAAACAAACCCCAGAAGAGCAGCAGCUCACUGACCUAUCACCAGAGGUUUAA